UUUUAAAUUUGAAACAUCGUUUUUAAAGAAUUAUUCGAUUUUCUUUCUUUCUGUUUCGCGGUUAAAUUGUUAUACUCAAUUACCGAACAGUAUAUAGACAGUAAUUUUUUGUGUUGUGAAGGAUCAGUGAAACUCAACGAUGUCUUCAGUAAUGUUUGAAUCGCUCGGCGACAAGGUAGCCAUGUUCAAUCAGCAGGCGACCAGGCAUCAGGACACGCAGGCGAAGAACCCCUUCACCUCAGGGUUGAAUCUGCCCAGGCCAAAGUUCUCCAAGGAAGAAUACGGCCGACCAGCGGCUGGAUCGCUGUCCGAUAUUCGGGGGCGAAAAGCGUCGGCUCACAUUUACAAGGAGAUUCUUGAGUUGUGCGAGAUGAUUUACCAGAACGGCACGCCCUGCAAGGAUGAGCCAGAUAUAAUUGGGAUCACCUUUGGCGAUUUGUUCAACAUUUACGUCCACAUAAACGACAAAUGCGUCGGCCUUCUUCUGAGGGCCAGAAAACAGAACUUUCUGCACUUUGAGGGCGAAUGUCUGUUCCAGAGACGGGAUGACAACGUUCCGAUUUUCCUCACAAAACCGAUCGCCGAGAUCAGGCAGAUCUUCAAACAGAAGCUCGAACAGCAGCGGAUAGAAGCCCAACAGAUACAAGCCCAACAUUUAUAACCCUCGUAUAACGAAUCCAUCCACCCCAUUAUUUGGACGAGAAAUAAUUUAUUAUAAUUAUUUAUAUCCGUUACGAUGUCAUAUGUUAUUAUGUUCGAUGAUUUUCCUUAAUUUUUUUUUUUCUCUUUCUUAUUACUAACCAACAAAAAACCGACCAUUAUUUGUAAUCAACUGAUUAUAGUUUGUAACUCGUGAGCGUGACUGGAUAACGUGGACCGAUGUAAAUAUUGUAUACCUACGAGAAAUUGUAUAAGGCAUGUAUAAGGCUCUAGGUUAUAGUGUAAUAAAUGAAUUUGUAAAAAAAACAAACAAACAAACAAAAAAAACAAAAAAAAAACAAGACAAACAACAACAGCAACAACAACAAAGAAAUUGUAUGAAAAGCUAGCUCAUUUCUUUCCUGAUCGUGCUUCGUUUCCACUAUCCUCUGCCGAAUGGCAGACCUGAAAUUUGAAAAAAAAAUAAAAAAAAUAUCACAGAA